AUGAGUGAUCCAAAUCCUGCGAAGCAUGAAGCUUCUUUAGCAUUGACACAAGUUCCUUCUGAAGUAGCUCAAAAAGCCGUUGUUGACGAAGAUAUCGUCUCUGACUCUAGAACUGACGAUGCAGACGACCGGCCAAUCGUUCCAAUGACUUGGAGGCUUGUUUCCGUCCUGCUCAUCUGUCUGAUCAGCUUUGGAGCUUCUUGGUCUGCCCGAUUGACAUCGUCACUGAAGAGCACCAUCAAGAAGGAAUUAGACAUCAACAACACACAGUUCGCACUGCUAGAGGCUAGUGAGGAGUUCUUGGUCACAUUAUUGAUGAUGGCCUCUGGCAUUCUGACGGACCGGAUUGGCGGUGCUGGUGCCAUGCUCUACGGAAACUUGAUCAUGACAGCGGGCGCUCUAGUCAUCGCAGGCGCAGCGACAUGCAGGUCCUUUCCGCUCAUGAUCUUUGGCAAAGUCGCUGCAGCGUUAGGAGACAUUGCCACUCAAAUCGCGUAUUACAGAGUUUUUGCAGGAUGGUUUGCACCUGGUGGAGGCUUUGGCACUACCAUAGGUCUGCAGAUCGGCAUUGCGAGAAUUGGCGGUUUUGUUGGAAGCUCCACGGCCAACGUCAUUUCUAAGAAUACCGGAAACUUUGCUUGGGUCUUCUGGAUCGGUGCAUGCGUCGCCUUCUUCACAAACCUGUGCACACUUGUCUUCUUCUUCUUUACGAAAAUUGCACAUAAGCGCUUUCGCCCGCCACCUGAUCCAGCGACCGGAGAGGCACUUGUUGAGAAAAACAGGAAGUUCGACCUUAACAAGAUUAUACAAUUACCUUGGGUCUUCUGGGCGAUUAUGCUUUUCUCAAUGGUGCAGACAAGUUGCUCUAACAUCUAUUCUCAAAAUGCCACUGAGCUUGCUGAGCAUCGUUUUGGAGUUGAUGCUGUGGCGGCUGGUUGGUAUGCCUCUUUGUCGCAGUAUGCCGGCUUUUUCCUCAGUCCCUUGAUCGGAGCUGUCAUCGACACUUACGGCCACCGUGUAACGCAAAUGGCUAUUUGUGGCACUGGCAUGCUAUUAUCGAUGGGACUUAUCAAUUGGGGCACUACGACCAGCAGCGCAGCGGCUUCAUAUGCCUUCUACGCCAUCUUCAAGACUUUCGGCCCUGUGACUAUUAUUGAGGGGAUCCGAACGAGUAUGUGGCAUCAAGAUGUUUUUGGUACUGCUUAUGCUGCCAAGGUGACGAUGAAUAACGCGACUAAUAUCAUCAUCCGCAUCAUCACCGGUGUCAUCCAAGAUGCCGACGAUGGUUCUUACGAUCGAGUUACCAUUGUCUAUGUCUUCCUCGCUACCGCCUCUACCGUUGUAUCUUUAGCAAUGCUGAUCGGCACCUUCUGGGCUCCUGACCUACAAAUCCUGCAAUUCUCACGAAAGCAGCGGAUCUUGCGCGGAGAUAUGAUCAAUGAUCGCAAGGCAAAGAGCCAGGGACCCACUGGCAAGAAGGCUAGGAUGAUUAGCAAGGUCUGUUUUGCUGCGCUGUUCGUGUAUGUGUUGGGAAGCUGGGCAGCUUGGAUCUGGGGCGCUGCGACGGGGAACAAUUAG